AUGCCCUCCAUCACCAACAUUGCGCACAUGUGUUCGCACCUCCAGAACGCCUCCAAAGCUCGUCUUGGUAUAACAUCCGUCAAAAAUUGCAAGUACAACCUGCAACUCGCCCUCGCAUUGCACCGAUCUGGUUUCUUCUCAGCCGUCUACCGCGCCGGCCCCCACCCUCCUUCAAUGGAACAUAUGAUCUCUCAACCGCCCAUGAAAGUCACAAACCAAAACGUUGCCAAGAUGCGCCUGUGGCUGGGUCUCAAGUACUGGGAUGGCAAGCCUGUCCUCGGCAAUGCCAGUCCUAUCAGUACGCCGAAGCGUCUUAUGACGGCCAACAUCAGAGAGCUGGCCAGACUUACGAGGGGGUUCCCAACCAAGUUGGACGGUGGUGUUGUUUCGGGUCUAAAUCUCGGAGAAUGUCUGUUUGUUUCGACGUCCCAGGGUGUUUUGGAGGUGCGAGAGGCCCUCGCAAAGAAACAGGGUGGUCUGUUAAUGUGCAGGGUAUCAUCAUGA